GACUCCCUGCCCAUGGUGUUGGCCAAGCAGAACGCGGACACCAUGAACAAGCGUUUGUACACUGAGGCCUGGGAUAAAGACAAGACACAAAUCCACAUAAUGCCUGACACUCCUGAAAUCACACUGGCAAGAGAGAACAAGAAAAACUACAGCCAGAAACAAUACAGACAGGCCAUGGAAGAUUCAAAGAAGAAAGGCUACGAUUUGAGAAUCGAUGCCAUCCCCAUUCAAGCAGCCAAGGCAUCCAGGCAAAUUGCCAGUGAUUACAAGUACAAGGAAGGGUAUCGGAAGCAGCUGGGCCACCACAUCGGGGCCCGCAACAUCGAGGACGACCCCAAGAUGGUGUGGUCAAUGCACGUGGCCAAGAUCCAGAGUGACAGGGAGUACAAGAAAGCCUUUGAGAAGACCAAGACACACUUCAGCAGCCCCGUGGACAUGCUGGGGAUCGUGUUGGCCAAGAAGUGCCAGGGGUUGGUGAGCGACAUCGACUACCGGCACUACCUGCACCAGUGGAUCUGCCUGCCCGACCAGAACGACGUGAUCCACGCCAGGGAAGCCUAUGACCUGCAGA